AAAUGCAUCAAAGAGGAUUGUUUUCAAACUAAAGGACUGGUUCAAGUGAUAUAAUGUCUCGGGUAGGCAGAAAAUAGGAAAGGUAAUGCACAGUUUCUUAAAUUAUUUCUCUUUCACUCUUAUAUUUAGGGUAGACCUCGGUCUAGUUUGUCAUGAUGCAGUGUUGCUGUGGAAACCAAUGAUAUUUGCAGCCUGCUGGAUUUGAGAGGUGUGUGUAUUAUAAUGGUUGUGGAGGUGGAGAGCUUUUAUGGGGUGUACAUGUUGUACUGCACCAACCCCAAAUUUAAGGGACGCAUUUAUAUCGGAUUCACUGUGAACCCCGAGAGGAGAAUCGGCCAGCACAACGCCGGGAAACACAAAGGGGGAGCCAAGAAGACCAGCGGGAGAGGACCGUGGGAGAUGGUGCUUAUCAUCCAUGGCUUUCCAUCUGAUAUUGCUGCUCUAAGGUUUGAGUGGGCAUGGCAGCACCCGCAUAUCUCCCGCCGGCUUUCCCAUGUGACCCGGCGUACACGUAAGGAGUCCAGCCUGCAGUUUCACUGGCGCAUUCUCUCCAACAUGCUGCAGGUGGCGCCAUGGAGUCGUCUGCCCCUCACCGUCCGCUGGCUGAGGCAGGAAUACCAUAUGGACUUUGAGCCACAGCUGCAGCCGCCUCUGCACAUCCCUCUUGCCUUUGGCUGCGUUCGUGCUAAGAAGAAUCAACAACAUGAAGAAAAGGAACAAGAGGAGAGCCGGCUGGACCGGUGUCUACUGUGUAGAGGGAUUGUGCAGGUUUCAGAGAGACUGUCUUGCUUCCAUCCUUCCUGUAAGAUGGUCUGUCAUCUGAUUUGCUUGGCAAAACAAUUCUUGAAGUCAGACCCGGCUCAUCUCCUCCCCGUGGAGGGCGAGUGUCCCGGCUGCCAUCACUCGGUGCUGUGGGGAAGUUUGAUUCGGCACAAAAAUGGCUGUUAUGGCGAUCUAGAAGAGAUUGCUUCAAAUUCUUCUCAGGGUCAUUGGGCAGAUGAGUUGCAAAUAUGAACAAAACCGAUAGUGACCUCAACUUCCAACACAGAUGAAAUCAACGAAAGGACCUUCCAUCAUGACUCCAGUCUGAAUGCAUCAUGUUCUGAAUCGAUGUAUAUUCAAAAUGCAAAAUAUCAUGAUUAGUGUUUUUAAUUACAGGAGGUUCAUACCUUUUUAAUGAAUAUAGAGAAUAGGUGUUUUAACCAGAAAAUAAGGAAUCUUGAUGUGAACAGCCUUCCUAAGAAUGUUUUUAAAUAUAUACAUAUUUUGUACUGUGAAAAUAUUUAUUAAGCAAUAAAGCAAGGAAUUUA